AUGGCAAGCACGAGUUGGGCUGCCAAUAUGCACGCGACGACGACACCCAGCAUGUUUGCAAGAUUGUCAGAUAAGCUGAGCAGAUUCGCCUGCGGAUUCUCGCCAUCGGCGAUAAUGGCGCCGCCGCACCACGACGUUGAGCUUGCAGAGGCUUGUAGGUUUUCCGACUAUGCUGGCUUCAGCUCUGCCCUCCUGAUGCUCUCUCCCGAUAGAUACAACGAGAACGAAUCAUUAUCAUCGUCCUACGCGUCGUCAAUCUCACGUAUCGCCGCCGCCGCCGACGAGGUGCUGGACGAUCCACCGGCGGAGGACAAGGAGACGACCCUCCCGUGCGUCGCGUUCCCGUCGCAGCACGGUUACAUGGUCUUCUCCCUCGCCGAGGACCGCAUGCGCGACGGCGUCCGGCUGCGCCCGGUCACUGGGUGCCGGGUCGUGCCGUCCCCGUACGGCGGGGCGGUGCUCACCACGGACCUGACAUCUUUCAGGCACCCGUCCCGCCUCGUCGACCCGUUCACCGGCGAGUCCGCGCCGCUCCCGGACCUGCCCGUCCCACUCUGGUACAAGGAGCCGUCACCGGCGUGCGAGCCCGAGGCGCCGCGCGUGCAGGGCCGCCGCCGCGCGGUGCCGCCCACCGACGACGGCUUCGCGUGGGACCGGUCCCCGCGCGGCGUCAUGAUCGCGCGGGGUGACACGGUGUUUUUCUGCGAGGGCGGCGGUGGCGGCGAGUGGAGGACGCUGUACCGGUCGACAACCGCGUCGGGCAUGACCGUGAACUACCGUGGCGGCUUCUUCUUCGUCCUCCAACAGCGCACUCUGGUCACCACGGUCAUCGACGCGAGGACCCUCGAGAAGGUCGCGGAUAUCUGGCCGCCGCCUGGCGACGACGACGACGCCGUCGACUGCAUCCACCUGGUCGCCUCCACGGACGACGUCUUCUUGCUUGUCCACCGCGCAAGGGACAUGGAUUGCGAGCUGUUCUCCGAGGUGUACCGUGCCAGGCACCAGAAACCGAAACCGGAGUGGUCAAAGGUGACCGACAUCGGUGACCGCGCGCUGUUCGUUGACAGGCUCCAUGGCUUCUCGGUGGGCGUAGGCGGCGAGGACACCGCCGGCGGGGUAAAGAGGAACUGCGUCUACACGAUUAGCGCUACACCGGUGGAAGACCCGCAAGGGCGCCGCAUUGUGGUGCACAACGUGGAAGAGUUUCACUUGAAUAGGCCGGAAGUGGGAGGGACGCUGGAGUGUCGGCUCGGAGGCAGCCAAGUUAAGCAGAUGUGGGGAGAGCCGUAUUGGAUGAUCCCAAUGAGCAGAGAGGAUCCAGCCGUAUUGGAUGAUCCCAAUGAGCAGAGAGGAUCCAUAGGAGGUGUCACUGUGUCAGACCCCUGGUAUGCGGCAUGGUCCUGUCAAGAGCUCCGAGGCAUCUGCCCGAGCCAGCUUGCCGAGUAUCUUUCGGUCAGGCAGAGCCCUUGGGCGAUGGAGGCUCAGACCUCACGGGCUCUACUCGGGAUCUAG